AUAUAUAUAUGGCAUUUGCUAUUAGGGAAAAGGAACAUAACAAGUAUGGAGAAGAAUGGGGAAAGCAACAGCAGAAGUGGUGGUUUGAGGGUCGGGUCAGGGUUGAGUCCGAACGAGUUAAAAGUUCACACUUUGGUUGAUCUUGUAGAUGGUGUAGAGAGAGAGAAAGAGCAAAAACAUCUUAAAAAUUCUCUCUCUCCAAGGCAGAUGAAGUCCUUAGUUGCUCUCUGUGACACCAUCGUACCUUCCAUCGACAACAACCUUGUUGCCUCUCUCCACGAACCUGUUGCCAACUUCUAUCGGACUUCAUCUUCCAUGGCUGGAACACCUCACCAUCUUGGGAUAUUAAUAAGUGAGAAAAUGAAACACCCAAGAACAUGGUUGUUGCUAUUGACAUUAUGGCUACUAUCUACAUGGUUUGGCACAUUCAUACUAUGUGGCAUGGCGAGUCUCUCAACAAAGUUUCCGUUCUUCCAAAGCUUCCCUGACAUGUCUCUGCAAAAACGCCAAAAAGUUAUGCAGUCUUGGUCACUCAGUUAUUUUCGACUCCUUAGGAUGUUAUUCAGAACCAUCAAGCUUCUCACCCUCCUUGUCUUCUUCACGCAGCUAGAUGAAGCAGAAGAUAAUCCAUCAUGGGAGGCAAUUGGAUAUUGUGGACCUGAUCCAGAGUUCAAAGCACAGUUGAAGAAUCACUUUUUUCAUGGAACAUCAAAUGAAGGAGGACAAGAGGAAAAAGAAGUAGAAGAAGUUAGAGGACCACUUUACAAAGGUCUUGUGCAUAUAAAUAACCCAAGAGACAUCAUUGCAGAUUCUCUAAGACAAUUUGGAUUCUCUGUCUCUACCACUCCUAUAAAGGCCAAGGCUUCUAACAUGUCAUCUCCAUCAUUAGUUAUCCAAUGUGAUGCAGUGGUUGUUGGUUCUGGCUCUGGAGGUGGGGUUGUAGCUGGAGUUCUAGCAAAUGCUGGUUAUAAAGUUUUGGUCUUGGAGAAAGGAAGCUAUUAUGCUAGGAAUAAUCUUUCCCUUCUUGAAGGACCUAGCAUGGAUCAAAUGUACCUCUCACGUGGUUUGGUUGCAACAGAUGACAUGUCUGUGCUGAUACUAGCAGGAUCCACAGUUGGUGGGGGGUCUGCAAUCAAUUGGUCAGCCAGCAUUAAAACCCCUCAACAUGUAUGCAAGGAGUGGUGUGAACGCUAUGAGCUAGAACUGUUUGAAAGUAUGUUGUACAGAGAAGCCUUGGAUGCUGUUUGUGACAAAAUGGGUGUUCAAUCUGAGAUUGAAGAGGAAGGGUUCAAUAAUGCAGUCUUGAGAAAAGGGUGUGUGGAAAUGGGGUAUCCAGUGAGUAACAUUCCCAGGAAUGCUUCAUCGGAUCACUACUGUGGCUGGUGUUGCAUGGGGUGCAAGGAUGGAAGGAAGAAAGGUACAUCAGAGACAUGGCUAGUGGACUUGGUGAAAUCAGGUAAUGGAGCAAUCAUUCCAAGUUGUGAGGCUAUACAAGUCUUGCACAAGAAAAAGAAAGGAAGAGACAGAAGAAUAGCAUGUGGAGUGGCCUUUGCAAUUGAACAAAAGGGAAGCAAAGACAUUUGUGUAGUGGAGUCCAAGGUCACAAUUGUAGCCUGUGGAGCACUUAGUACUCCAGCAUUACUCAAAAGAAGUGGCUUGAAGAAUGAAAACAUAGGAAGACACUUGCAUCUUCAUCCAGUGGCAAUGGCUUGGGGCUACUUUCCUGAUUCACCUUCACCUGAGGUGUGGCCAGAGAAACAUAAGAAAAGCUAUGAAGGGGGGAUUAUGACAGCAAUGUCCACAGUUGUUGCUGAGUUUGACAAAUCUGGAUAUGGGGCAGUGAUCCAAACACCUGCAUUGCACCCUGGUAUGUUCUCAAUUCUAACACCAUGGACUUCUGGAAUGGAUAUAAAAGAUCGAAUGCGCAAGUUCUCAAGAACAGCUCAUGUGCUUGCACUGGCUAGGGAUCAAGGAUCAGGAACUGUGAAUUCACCUACAUGUAUAAGUUAUCAGUUGAAAGAUGUGGACAAGGAGAAUUUAAAAAUGGGAAUUGAGAAGGUACUGAGAAUUCUUGCAGCUGCUGGAGCUGAAGAAAUUGGCACUCAUAACAACAAGGGAAAGAGCUUAAAUGUUAAGAAGGUGAGCUAUAAUGAGCUUGAGAAAUUUGUCAAAGAAGAAAGUUCAAGGCCUUUCACAGAUCUUUCAACACCAUUAUGUUCUGCCCAUCAAAUGGGGAGCUGUAAGAUGGGUAACAAUCCAAAGGAAUCAGUUGUGAACCAAAUGGGGGAGACAUGGGAAGUGGAGGACCUUUAUUUGGCAGACACAAGUGUCUUUCCUUCAGCUUUGGGUGUGAAUCCAAUGGUCACUGUUCAGGCUAUUGCUUACUGCACAGCACAAUAUAUUCUUCAAGUUCUCAGAAGAAAAAUAAAGUGAAGAAAAGAAAACUUUUGCUAGUUAUGUAAAAGCAGAAGAGAAUUCUAGUUACAAUAAUGGUAAGUGUGAUGUUCAACAGUCAAUAAUAAAGCACCAGGCUAAACCUUAAUUUGCAAGUUGUGUAAAGCUUAUGAACACUUCAUUUUCAAUAAUAGAUGUUAUAUUACUAA